CUCUGCUAGCACACUUCCAGUCCAGCAGCUAAGCAAACAGGCUGUGCGAUUCCACGCGGAGGACCCUCUGUUUCUGGACCCUCAUUGGUUCAGACAGGCUUGAAAGCCUCCGUUGAGCCAGUCAGGAGGAAUUUGGGUACGUUCUCUAUGUUGAACUGCAGAAACUAACAGUCCACAGACCACUUUGAUAACCCACUGUGAUCAAUCAUGCCUUUGGUGAACUUGUUUGGGUCAAAGGGAAGGCUGUUGCUGAGCGCUCUCCUUAUUUGUGCCAUAAUCUUCGAGUUAGCUUAUUGUCAAAAAGACUCCCACGAACAGAAGACCACUCCAGGGAGGAGGUCGAAGCCAAGCAAACCCAGACUUGGGAAAUCAACAAAUAAAGGGCCCAGAGCAGUAACAGCCAAACCCAAAAUCAAAGCUAAACAAGCAGCCCCAGCACAGAACUUCCUCACACAGGUGCUAAACCGAGGGAAGUUCAAGAAAGUGGGAGAAACUAUAAGUGUGCAGACAGGAGACACUCUGGAGUUGAGGUGCAGGGGUAAACCUGUGCAAUGGAGUGUCCCCUCGUACCUGGAGGAGGAUGAUGAUGGAAGGCUCAGGAUUGUCCAACACGAGCGAUAUGGCGUUCUGACAUUAGUCAACACUACCGGUGCAGACACAGGGGAGUACACCUGUUAUCCUAUGUACUGUGAAGACACAGACUGCAGGAAGGAGUAUGACAAAGCUAUCAAAGUCUUUGUCUUCUUUCCCGAUCCACAAGAACUAUUUGUUCCAUCGUCUGACUACUACGAGGUGAUUCAGCUGAGAACCAACUGGCCAACGCUCCUCCCCUGCCAGGUGACGUCACCCGAGGCCAAAGUAACCCUGCACCGCGAGUUUCCACAAAGGGAGGUGGCGGUGGACGGGACAGAAAUCUCCUUUAAUGUCAGGAAGGGCUUCACCAUUCAUCGACCCCGGCCUUAUCAUGCUGGAGAGUUGUACUGUGAAGCCAAUCUGGGCAACCUGAGGCAGAGCUCCACCAAGUACAUGCUCAUCUACGUGAAGUACCCCAUGGCUCCUCCUGCUCCAGUGAUCCAGGCCUCGUCAAGCUCGGUGGCAGUGGGGGAGAAUCUGCGUGUCAGCUGCUCCGUGUUGGGAGAACAGGACGUGGUUGUAGAGUUCACCUGGGAGUACCCAGGACAGCAGAUUGGGAGGCCUCUAUACACACAAGAGAGCAUCAGUCCAGUCAGUGGAGGAGCGGCUCGACAGCAGUCUCAGUCCAUCCUCCUGGUGGACGAGGUGAGAGAUGUGGACCAGGGAACAUACACCUGCACUGCCCAGAACCUGCAAGGGGGCACAUCAGUGUCCACCAACGUGAAAGUGGUCCCCAAAGCCAAACCUAAGAAACCAUAAACCAUCAAAACUGGAUGAUAUCACUGAGACAAGACAGAGAGAGAAAGAGAGGGUGGUGGAAGCCUUCACUAUUUUAUCAGUCACAUAUGAAUACAUAAUUACAAGAAAAUGAUUAAUGUAUGUAAAUUGUUGUGCUUCAAGCUUGCAUACUAAAAGUUUUGUAUACACACAUUGUUUCUUUGUCUUUUUCUACUUAUUUUUUUAUUGUGCAUGACCCUGCCAAAG